AUGUCGACGGGCGUAGACAUGGAGAAGUCCGGUGUUGAGCACCUGGAUCGUUCUCUUUCCAAAGACAUCACCAGGAAUACCAGCGAGGAAAACAUCCUUGCCGAGUUUACUCAGGAGGAGAUCCAGAAAGUCAAGCAUCGCGUCGACAGACGUCUUGUCACAACGGUUGGCUUCAUGUACUGCAUCUCUCUCAUGGACAGAACCAACCUUUCUGCUGCCGCUAUCGCGGGCAUGACUGCGGAGUUGAAGCUCAACGUUCUGAUGGGAGGAGUCUCGCGCUACUCUGUCGUCACUCUGGUCUUCUUCGCAACCUACAUCGUCUUCCAGUUCCCAUCCACCGUCGUUAUCCGUUAUCUGGGACCACGAAAUCAUCUCGCCGGUAUCACCGUAGGAUGGGGUGCGGUCAUGAUUGGUAUGGGAUUUGUCAAAGACUACCACAGCUUGGCGGCUCUUCGUGUCAUUCUCGGAAUACUGGAAGCUGGGUUUUUCCCUGGCUGCGUCUACUUGCUUAGCACCUGGUAUACCCGAUACGAUAUGCACAAACGCUACAGCGUCUUCUACUUCAUCGGCUCGCUUGCGUCUGCUUGUGCGGGCAUCUUAGCAUACGGUUUGAUGCAAAUGGACGGUCUCGAGGGAUACAGAGGCUGGCGGUGGAUCUUCAUCAUCGAGGGUGUUCUCACAUGCGUCAUUGGCAUUUUGGGCUACUUCCUCAUUGUCGGCUUUCCAGACGACGCUCACAAGAACUGGCACUUCUUGAAUGAGCGCGAAACCAAGAUGGUCAUGGCUCGCGUCGACCAAGAUCGUGGCGAUGCUCACGGCGAACCUUUCAACUGGAAGAAGUUCCUCGGCGCUGGCCUGGACCUCAAAAUCUGGGGAUUCGCAUGGAUCUUCGGCAUGACCACCACAGUCACCUAUGCGCUGGCUUACUUCUUGCCCAUCAUCCUUCGCAUUGGGAUGGGUUUCUCUGUCGGCAAGUCACAAUGUCUGGUGGCCCCGCCGUACGGAGCCGCGGGCAUCUGGAUGUAUACCACAGGCUACAUUGGUGACAAGUACCACAUACGCGGACCGAUCAUCUUGUUGAACUCCGUCAUCGCCAUUGUCGGACUUCCAUUGAUUGGCUGGGUCGAAAAUGUUGGCGUUCGAUACUUCGGUGUGUUCCUUGUCUGUAUGGGCGCCAAUGCCAACGUGCCUGCUUGCAUGACCUAUCAAGCCAACAAUAUCCGAGGUCACUGGAAGAGAGCGUUCUGCAGUGCAACCCUUGUAGGUUUUGGCGGUGUUGGUGGUAUCAUUGGGUCACUUGUGUUUAGGGAGCAAGAUUCUCCCGGCUAUCGUCCGGGCUUGUGGGCCUGUGUCACGUCGCAGCUCAUCAUCAUUGCCAUUGUCAUAGCCUUGACCAUCAAGUUCAAGAUUGACAACCGUAAGGUUGAACGUGGUGAGCUGAAGAUUGAAGAUAGCGAGGCCGGAUUCAAGUACACUAUUUAA